CCGGCCCGCUCCGGUUGUCAUGAGAGCCGCGGCCGCGGCCCGGGCGCUGGGCGUAGGCGGGAGGGACUGCUCCGCCCCCGCCACGGACGCUGCGGCUCGCGGGGGCUGGCGCGCCCGGGGCUGCGAAGUCGGCGCUACCUGAGCUCCGCCGAGGUCGCGGCGCUGCCGGGGGUGGGCGGAAGGCCCUGGGGGUCGUGCGGGAGCCGAGGUCCGGCGGCCUUCCGCCCUGACAGGGGUGUGUCCUGCUCGUCGGAGCGGCCGGCGCCCAGGAUGCCGCACAAGAUCGGAUUCGUCGUGGUCAGCUCGUCCGGGCACGAAGAUGGCUUCAGCGCCCGGGAACUGAUGAUCCACGCCCCGACCGUCAGCGGCUGGAGGUCGCCAAGGUUCUGCCAGUUCCCGCAGGAGAUCGUGGUCCAGAUGGUGGAGCGGUGCCGCAUAAGGAAGCUGCAGCUGCUGGCCCACCAGUACAUGAUCCCCAGCAAGGUGGAGUUCUACGUCAGCGAGAGCCUGCCCGAGUACUUCGCACCCUGCCAGGCCGAGCGGUUCCGCAGGCUUGGGUACGUGUCCCUCUGCGACAACGAGAAGACGGGCUGCAAGGCCCGGGAGCUGAAGUCGGUGUACGUGGACGCGGCAGGCCAGUUCCUGAAGCUGAUCUUCCACCAGAACCACGCCAACAAGUACAACAUCUACAACCAGGUCGCGCUGGUGGCGAUGAACAUCAUCGGAGACCCCGCGGACUUCGGGGAAGAAAGCAACCUCGCCUCUCGAGAGAAGCUGAUUGACCACUACCUGGGGCACAGCGCAGAGGACCCCGCUCUGGAAGGCACGUGUACAGGGAAGUCCGACUACAUCUCCCCGCUGGACGACCUGGCCUUCGACAUGUACCAGGACCCGGAGGUGGCGCAGAUCAUCCGCAGGCUGGACGAGCGGAAGCGUGAAGCCGUCCAGCAGGAGCGGUACGACUUCGCCAAGAGCCUGAAGCAAGCCAUCGCCGACCUGCAGAAGGUCGGGGAGCGGCUGGGCCGGUACGAGGUGGAGAAGCGCUGCGCGGUGGAAAAGGAGGACUACGACCUGGCCAAGCACAAGAAGCGGCAGAUGGAGCAGUACCGCAGCCGGGCCUACGCGCAGCUGCAGCUGCACAGCCUGGUGGACGCCGAGCUGGUGCGGAGGCCCUUCGACUUGCCGCUGCAGCCCCUCGUGCGUCCUGGAAGUCCUCGCCACCCACCGCCAGUGCUGCCACCACCGCCGCCAGAGGAGAGGGGGGCAGAAACCCGGCUCGCGGGACCCUCCCUGCAGGAACAGCCCUCGGCACGCUCCCCGGACGGCGCCCCCCAGCCCCGCACUGCGGACCCGCCGUCUUCGCCCGCCCCACACCCUCGCCUCGAGGCCCACCGCGAGCCCCUGCCCUACGACGAGCGGCCUCUCCCUGCGGCCCGCAAGCUGCCCGGAGCAGCCCCCGGGGAGCCAGACAAGAGUGACGUGGAUGCCGGCAAGGCGCCGAGAGGGGGCGCGCUGGGCGAGCCGGAGCCCCUGACGGAGAAGGCGCUGCGGGAAGCCAGCUCCGCCGUCGAGGUGCUGGGAGAGACCUUGGUGGCCGGGGCCUACUCCAAGACGUGGUCGCACCGCGAGGCCACGCUGCUCACGCUGCACGAGCGGCUGGCCGGCCUGCCCGUGGGGGCCCAGCGGGAGGAGCUGAAGAGCGCGCUGCGGGCGGCCGUCUUUCUCGUUAGGAGGGCCAUCCGAGACAUCGUGACCCCGGUGUUCCAGGCCUCGCUGAAGCUGCUGAAGAUGAUCAUCACCCAGUACAUCCCCAGGCACAGGCUGGGCAAGCUGGAGACGGCGCACUGCGUGGAGAGGACGGUGCCCGUCCUGCUCGCGAGGACCGGGGACUCGUCCGCUCGUCUGCGAGCUGUGGCCUCCAAUUUCAUUCAGGAGCUGGCCCUGUUCAAGGAAGUGAGGUCCCUCCAGAUGGUCCCGUCCUACCUGGUGCAGCCGCUCAAGGCCAACGCCUCGGCCCACCUGGCCCAGAGUCAGAUGGACCUGCUGGCCCGGCUGCUGAGAGACCUGGGCACCGAUGGCACGGGCUUCACCGUGGACAACGUGAUGAAGUUCGCAGUGCAGGCCCUGGAGCACCGGGUGUUCGAGGUCCGCGAGGCGGCGGUGCGGGUGGUCCUGGACAUGUACCGGCAGCACCGGGCCCCCGUGCUGGACUACCUGCCCCCGGACGACAGCGCCGCGCGCAGGAACGUGCUCUACCGCACCGUCUUCGAGGGCUUCGCGAAAAUCGACGGCCGGCCCACCGACGCCGAGACCAGGGCACAGAAGAGAGCGGCUACGGAAGAAGCAGAGAAGCAAAAGAAAGAAGAAAUUAAGGUUUUACAAGGGCAGCUGGCAGCGCUGAGAGAAAUGCAGGCUGAGUUCCAGGAGCAGGAGAGCGAGGCCGCCAAGGCGGAGGCUCCGGGUACGUAUGCCGCACGCCGCGGAGCGGCCCCGCCCAGUGCUCCUGGAGCUCCGGAGAGCCACUGCCUGGAUAACCUGUGCAUCUUCUGCGGGGAGCGCAGCGCGGCCUUCACGGAGGAGGGCCUGGACCUGCACUACUGGAAGCGCUGCCCCAUGCUGACGCGCUGCGAGCACUGCCGGCAGGUGGUGGAGAUCUGCAGCCUGACGGAGCACCUGCUGACGGAGUGCGACCGCAGGGAUGCAUUCGGCAGGUGCUUCCGCUGCAGCGAGGCCGUUCUGAAGGAGGAGCUGCCCGCGCACCUCAGGACCAGGGGCUGUCACCCCGCCAAGCCGGAGAAGCUGGCCAACCGGUGCCCCCUGUGCCACGAGAACUUCGAGCCCGGGGAGGAGGCGUGGAAAGCCCACCUGAUGGGCCCCGCGGGCUGCACCAUGAACCUGCGCAGGACGCACGUGCUGCACAAGGCCCCGCCUCCGCCGCAGGGCAGAGGCCCAGCCGCCGCCAAGGCCGGGAGCUCGGGGCCGAAGGCGGGAAGCAAGAUCCCCACCCCAAAGGGGGGCCUGAGUAAAAGCUCUGGCAGGACCCUCACGAAGCGAUGACGCGACGGACCUGUGUCUCCUCCGUCUCUGUGGGGACCGAGCAACUGUCCCCCGUGAACAGCUCUCCUAGAAGCCAUGUUGGGGGGGGUGGCGCAUGCGCUGUGCUGCUGGCCCCAGGGGCACCGUGUGGGGACGACCCGAGAAGCGGCCUCCGGAGCUGGGACCCGGCCCUCGAGGCACACCCGGAAACAAGCAGGUCUCUGCCGCCCGCAGCCAGGCCACCCCGGAGCGGCGUGCUGCCCGGAGGGCCGGGAGCAGGUGGCGGUCGGCCGGGUGGGCCUGUCGCGCGGGCGCCCGGUUUCCGUGCUGGCUGCGCUGGAA